GGAAGUCAGCGGCUUUCAUUCAUUCAUGACGUUUUACUGCCUAAAACUAGCGUUAGAUCCAAAAUGCGUCGGAAACAUGAACCUCAGCCAGCAGGCACAGAUCCUCCAAACGCGGAUAAAAAGGAGCAGAGACGGGGAGGACAACCUGAAUCUACGGUCCGGGUGUCUUACAGCUCCAUUCUCAUCAACUUUGGGAAAUGUUUACUUCUGAUCGUGAUCGUUCCCCCGUUCCUCAACUACGCAUCGCUGCAACGAGAAGGACAGGUGCUUCUGCCAAAAGAGGGGCAGAUGGUGGACGUUGGUUUGGGUCAGAAACUGCAUCUCUUGUGCAAAGGACGAGGAAAACCAGCUGUUAUACUAGAUGCACCAACAGGAAUGUCCUCCGACGUCUGGUUCUACGUCCAGGAGAAAAUUUCCUCUCUGACCAAGGUUUGUACAUACGACAGGGUGGGACUGGGAUUCAGCAAGCGAGUGAUGCAGAACGAAACGACAGGAACAGAGAAAGUCUGGGGGGCGUCCACAACCGGCCGGAUGGUGGAUGAUCUGCACCGACUCCUGCAGGCUGCAGAGAUAGCCCCCCCAUUCAUACUCGUUGGCUCAGAGCUCGGAGCGCUCAACAGCAGGUUCUACAGCCACAUUCAUGACGUGCAAGUGUCAGACCUGGUGCUGAUAGAUCCCAUCCCGGAGGACAUUUUUGAAGAGGACCAAUGGAAGGAGUACUGGUAUGGGAGGCUGCUUCCUUCUCUCCAGGUCCGUCAGUUUUCAGCAGCCACGGGUCUGAGCCGCAUGCUGAUCAUCCUGGGCGCCAUGGAGCCGGUGCUAAAGGGAGAAAAUCUCACUGAGGAGGUCAUGCAGCGUCAGCCACAGGAUGGCGCUAGCGGGAGAAUAAUCGCGCCUCCUCCUCCUCCUCAGCCCAGAUAG